AUGCUAGCUCUUUUCUGUUACUCAUUUAGGAACUUUCCUAUAUUAUUUGCGCUCUUUCAAUUAUCAACUGCGCUAGAAGUAAUCGUGACUUAUCAAGAAUUUCGUAUAAUCAUUUUAAGUUUUUGCUUCCAUGCUCCAUCAUUCAUAGAAGAUCUAUGGAAACUUUGAUUAUAGGCCACAAAUAAUAUACAAAAGCACAGUAAAUAUUCUGGAAGGUUAUAGUUCAUAUGAAUGGAGCCAAGAGUCUGUUUCAGAAAUCAGUCACUUGCAUGAAACUGUAAUCGACUGACACCUGUGCAAUGUUUCAAGGAUUUCUCUGUGUAUAGAUGAAUUUCCAGAUUCAUUGAUAAUCCUUGAUUUGUCAACCGACCUUGAUACUCAGUAUUAUGUCGCUCAAAUUUGCAAAAAUAAUUUUUUAAUUCAUUUGGCUCUCCAAGAAAAAUUUGUAUAUAAGAAUGAUUGGACUUUUUCGGUUUUGCCAUCAAAGAGCAAACAAAUAGAAGCGUUUUUGGCUGUUUUAAGCUAUUUUGAGUGGAAAGAAGGAAUUCUGUUUUUAAACAAAGAAAACUACGAAGAAAAAAAAGAAAUUCUAUAUAUUUUUAGGUGUUUUGCAAUAAAAUCGAUAUGCAAUUUUUUUUUAAUCUUGUAAGAAUUGUUUUUUAACGAUCAAAAUGAUUUUGGUCUUUAUAUUGGAUAUAAAAAAUAUAAAUAAAGUAUAGAAUUUUCUUCGAAAUUUAAUAUUUUAGACUCUGAAGAAAGCACAAGUUAUUAUGAACUAGUGCACAAACUUGCCUUUCGCUUAGGAGCAACACUUUAUUACAUUUUUACUGAUUCGAAAGAGUCUUUAGAAAUCCAAAACUUACUAAAAAAUAUGAAACUUUUAACAGUAGGAAAUGGUAUUAUUUUAAACCAAAAAAGCGGAUAUGACUGCAUUAUAACCCAGUAACCUGCUUAGAUGAUCCUGGGCUGUAAGAAUGUAGCGCAACUCCCCAAGUUAGUUCUUCAGGCCAUGCUAGUGAGCCAACUUGGGGAAUUGACAAAUGCCUAGCAUCAGACUUAUUUGUCAACUCCCCUAGUUGGUUCGUCAGCUUGAGCUGGAGAACCAACUCAGGGAGUUGCGCAGCAUUCUCCCCAGCCUAGGACCAUCUAAGCGGGUUUCUGCGCAUUAUUGAUGGAGCUUUAAUAAUUACUGACUUUGGGCAGGAGUUGGUGACCUCUUCAAUAAAAUACUAUAAAAACUCGAUAUCAAAUAUAUUUUCUUAUAUUUUAAAUCUACCUCUAGAAGAAACUGCACAAGAUACUAUUUCUGUACUUAAACUAAACCUGAAAAAUUAUCACCAAAACGCCAAUUUUUCCUUAUUCCUCACCUUAAUUAUACUUUAUAUAUUUCUUAAAAAAAAUAUAUAUCAUCAUUAUUACUAAUUAUUAUUUUUUAAAUAAAAAAUUUUUUUUUUCUAAUGAUGGGUGGAAGAUUAGUUAACAUUCAGAAUAGAGAAAGGGUAAUUGUUGGAUCCAUUAUAAAUAAUAGCAUUACUCUGUCAAAAGAUUUAAUAUUUCCAGGCAGUUCAAAAAGCAAUCCAAAAUCAACCAAAAAAAUUCUAAAUUUAAGCAUAAAUGCAGGACCUACUAAUCCAAAUGCAGCACCUGUUACAACUGGCGUAAUAGGAUCUUGUUGCAUGCCAUCUGAUUGGAAAUCUCAUUGGAAUUUUUGGUCUAUCUUUUUGUUUGUGAACCUUUUACAUAUUUUGAACGAUUUUCCUAUGCAAAUUUCUCACAAGGAAAAAGUUCAUGAAAAAAAUGUUCUGAGCGAAUAACUUCAAAGGAUCUAGAGGUGCAUUUGUAAUUAAAGACAAAAUUAACGAAGGAAGCAGUGAGCUUUUAUCAAACUUUCAGCUAGAAUUUUUCAACUAUAACUGUGGUGCAACUAUAUUAAACCCCCAAAAUUUACCGAUAAAUUUUCACUUAUUUUCCUUACUGGCAAUGUCAAUAAAAAACUCAUAUUUUUAAUUAUACAUUUUCUUACAGCUGCUUCCAAAAAGAUAUGGAUAAAUUUGGGGUCGCUCAUGUAUCAUCGCAUGGCUCACCAGUUGCUAUUGGAGCUCUACAGAUAUUCAAGCAGCUAAAUCUAACCUUUCCAGUUAUUGGGACAACUAAUAGUGAUUUCAUAUUGAACUCUACUGCAAAAUACCCUAUGUUUACUCGUGUUGGAUUUUCUACUUCUUAUGUCUCAAUAUUGACUGCGGUUUUGCUUCGAGCCAUGGGAUGAAAAAAAGCUGCACUUUUAAGCCAUGAUGACAUUAACUUAACUUAUUGAGAAGUUCGCCGUAAUUCCCACCUAAGGGCCUGCCUCCACCCGUAAUGCUUCACUCGGCUGCUCACCACCACCAUCUCGCGGCCUUCAAAGUGUUGCUCCUUCUGGACGAGGAUGUGCACUCGCUACCCGAAAUUGGAUGAGUUGCGCCACCAUGCAUUACAUCAACAGAGUUGUCCUUUCCGAAAAUUUGAAAAACAAAUUUCCUGAUCGAACUGUCGGCCAAAAUGGUAAUCCAAAGCCAGGGACAUAACGCUCAGUUUCACGCUAGGAAGUUACCCGAUUGACCAAGUGGGUGUCCUUGGUAUAGCUGAGCCUCCCCUUUCCAACCUUGGAAACCAUUUCCCCUGAGGUAAAAACCCUGACAUCAGAAUGAGCUACGGUCAACCAAAUUUAACGUGCUCCACUGUACCAAGGAAAAACCUAGCCGGAUACACACAUCGAGCCCCAAAUUCCUUCCACAAGGUCCCCGACAUAUUGGGCUACAGGUGUUGAGAAAAAGGGAUGGUUCGCCAUCGCCAUUUUAAUGUAUAUACACUUUUAAGCCAUAAUGACAGUUGGGGAUCUCAAAGAAUUUAUUACUUACCCCCCAUUUAAAUUGGAGCAAAUCAUCGGUAAAUUUGCGUUUUUUUGGCACUUUAACCCCUUUAAAUUAGAACAAUUAUUUUAAUAGGAAAAUUUUAUCGAUCAAAAUCCUAAUUUUUAUAAUAUUUGUUUCGACAUAAUUUAACCCCCUUAAAAUUGGAACAGAAUUUUUUGUUCCAAUUAAACAAAGGAGUUAAGUAUGGGGGCAAGAUUAACCCACCUCGAAAUAAUAAACCCAGAAAAUACCUGAACUAUACCGCCUAAUCUUGACAGAGAAGGCUUAAAAAAUUACACUCAUAUAAUUCAAGGGAUUAUUAAUAGCCAAGCCAGGCUAUUAAUUUAUUCUAUUCAAUAUCCAAUGAGUAAUUAUGUACUAGAAAUGUUCUAUGAUUUAGGCUUAAGAAAAGGCGAUUUGGUUAUGUUUUCAGUUUUGCCAGACACUUUGAUAAGUAUAGGAAACAAUGAUACAUAUAGGCAUAAAAGGGUUGAAAUUGGAAUCCCUAUGAUCGAUUUGCAAUUGCAAAAUUGAGUAGGUGAGGUUGGGAGAGAUGUGAAAAAUAGGAUAAUUUCUACUUAUAAAGAGCCUCCGAAUGGCUAUUCGUGUAAUUAUGCAGAUGGAGCUUAUCUGAUUGCUUAUGCCUUAGAUUAUAUGAUAAAUAGAGGGCAAGACUAUAAUGAUCCUUUUAAGUUAGAAGCUACUAUAAGUUAAAGUUAAAAGUUCUACACACAGCCAUAAGCAGUGACUCCUACUAGCCGGACUACCUUGACUAUAGGCGAGAUGGCCUACGCUUGGUACAUAUGUACCUGUACCUUAGGUAAGACCCAACCAAAAUUCCACCCUCUUGAUUUUUCUAGCGAAACUCACAUAAGCUAGAGCCACCCACUGUUGGUUGACCGGAUAAUUCCGAUAGACUUAAACUAUGUGAGAGGCAAAACCUUCUAGCCCAUCUGACAGGACAAGAAAAUCUUCGGGGAGAAGCAAAACUUCCCCUACUCCAGGAAACGCCUAGGCCAUAUUUUCAGAUUCAUUACAGGAAGUGCGCCUCGAGACCAAUUUUCAUAAAGGUGACCAUUUUAUUUCUUAAGCUACUAUAAGGAAUCAACAAUUUUAUGGAUGCACUGGAAGAGUCUCAAUAGAAAAAGGGAGCAAUGACCGUGCAACUGAUGCACUUGAUAUAGGAGUAAAUAAGCUAAAUCCUGAUGGAACUUUAUCAAUUCAAUUAAUUGGAAGCUACAAACCUUAUAGCACACAAGUUCUAAAAUACACGACACCGAUGAUUUAUGCUGGUGGCACUACCAUAAAGCCUAAUGAUUUAAGAGAUGAAAAUAGUAAAUGUCCAUUCUCUACCAGACUAGUAAAAACUUUUGUAAAAGGUCGAGAGCUUCUUUUUGGGAUUUGCUUUGGCAUAGUUUUAAUCACAAUUGUUAUAACAGUUUUUAUAUGGAAAACAUGGUGAAAUAUUCCAAUAGAGAUGCUUAACAAAAAGGAAGAAAUUAGUAUGCAAGACAUGGUUGUAGGGAUAACCAUUGCUGUUGAGUUUUUCCAGUAUGCUGCAAUGGGACCUGAUUUUUCACUUAUAAGCUCUACUUUAUCGAAAGUGAGUGAUGCUUUUUCUUUAAAUUUAGAUGAUUUAUUAGAGCUGAAAAAUGGAGUUUUUUGGAUUGUAGUAAAUAUUGUGUUUGGAGGAAUUGGGUUAUGGAUAGUCCUUUGCUUAGUCGUUUUAUUAAGACUUGAUGAAAAACAGUUUUGUCCUACAAUAUUCCAGAACUUGUCAAUACUUGCAGACUAUUUAAUGCCGAUUUUAGGAAAUUUGUGCUUUAUUCCUUUUGUCUCAAUUUGUUUAGAUAUUUUUAUAUGCGAUCAGUCAAUUGGCAAUAAUUUUACUGACAGCUUUUUAUCCAAGGACUGCUAUUAUUUUUGCUGGAAAGAUGAGCAUUUAGUAUAUUCAAUAAUAUCUUUUAUUGCUCUGAUAUUAUAUGAACCUUUAGCUGUAUUUUGCAGGCCACUCUGGCAAGAAUUGCAACCAAUGCUCCAUGUAAAAGCAGUUCCACUGUUUUUGAUGGUUAAAACAAUCGUGCAAGUGAUUUUAAUCGUGAUAAAUAAAACAGUGAAAAGGUCUGAAGAGAUUGCUCAUGGGAUUCUAUUUAUUGCAGUCAUGAUUUUUUAUAUUUUAUUUAUUUUUAAAUUCAAGCCUUAUAACUAUCAAAGAUUUAGCUGGUGGCAAGGACUCUCAUUAAUUGGAGUCUGCUGGCUAGCUAUUUUAUCAACAAUUGGGUUGAUUGCUAAUGAAGGCUAUAUUCCCCUAUUGACUAUUUUAAUAAUAGGAUGGCUCAUUAUAGCAAUAAUUGGUCUUUAUGUUCAGAAAAAAAGAUAUCCAAGCUUGCUAUUUAGAAAAAAAGGAAAAGAUACCUCAACAUUGUUUAAAUUUGCUUUUACUCUUGGCAAGCAUUCAAAACUGAAUUUAACUAAAAUAUCUCCAAAUGAAGGCAAAAAACUUAGUUAUUAA